AUGGGCCGGAAAAUCAUCCUUACUGGUUCCACGGGCAAGCUUGGCUCGGUGGUUCUGAAACACUUACUGAAGACACUGCCACCAACAGACCUAAUUGUGUCUGUCUAUAACCCCAAUGGCCACCAAGAACUCAAGUCCAAGGGCGUUGACGUUCGAGCUGGCAAUUUCGAUCAUCCCGAAUCGCUUGUGUCAACCUAUAAAGGUGGUGAUGCAUUGUUCUUGGUGUCCUUACCGUCUCGAGACGACAAGUACCGCAUUAAAAGUCAAAGCCAGGCAAUUGAUGCAGCGAAGAAAGCUGGCGUGAAGCAUAUCUACUACACAUCGCUUGCUUUCCCCGAUGGAAGCGAAGCCAAUGUCAUGAAGGCCCAUUUUGCCACCGAAGACUACAUCAAGCAGUCCGGGUUGAAUUACACUAUCAUCCGCGAAGGGUCCUACAUGGAAAGCUACCCUGUCUACCUUGGCUUGUACGAUACUUCGUCUGAUAAAGUGGUGGUGCCUGGUGAUGGGAAAGUUGCCUUUGCUGAUCGAGCAGAGCUAGGCGAGGCUACAGCGAAGAUCAUUGCUAGUGGCGAGUACGUAGAUGAGACGGUGACUUUGACCGGUGACAAGGCGUACUCACUGAAGGAAACCACUGAGAUUCUUUCCUCUAUCCUUCAAAAGAAGAUAGAAUUUCACAAAGUUAGCACAGAGGAAUUCUUGGAACACAAUGCAGACAAAUACGAGGUUGCAGAAUGGUGGGCCACCAGCUAUCCAACGUUAGAAAGCGGCGGGCUAGGAGUUGUUGAUCCGGCACUCGAACGGCUACUGGGUAGAAAGCCGCGGGACUUUACAGAAAUGCUUAGGGAAACGCUCUCGAAUAGAACUGCCGGUGAUCAGGAACUCUCAGAGUGGUCUUCUCACUAAUGACAGAUUAACACAACACUAUGGCCACAUCACAUCGACCCUAUUGAAACAAAAUUCCUCUGGCAAUUUAUCAAAUAAAAUAUAACAAAAAUUUCAGGCUG